UCGUCUGCCUAUAUAAGCGUUUUUUUUCGCAGUCAAGAGCAUCAGUUGAACAGUCCAGAUCCUCUGGGGUACAACAACAUGAGGGCUUUCGCGUUACUUCUCGUCGUUUCCGUGGCGUUGGCUGCCGACCCAAAAGCCAAGAACCAAAAAUCCACCAAACGUCAGGUUGGUUAUGGAUCUGGCUUGGUUAACUCUUACUCAUUCGGUAGCGCACUCAACGGAGGUCUUGGAGGUUCAACUUUGUACGGAAGCGCCGUAUCACCAGCCAUCACCUCCUAUGGAGUAGUGGGAGCUCCAAACGCCAUCGGAUACUCUGCUGGUAACACACUUGGAUACACCGCUGGUCACUCAUAUGGAUUGGCCGCUGGGUCUACCUUUGGAGCUGGUCUUGGAUACAGUGCUGGUACCACUUAUGGCUCCGGUCUUGGUUACUCCGCUGGUCCAGCUGUAGUAUCUUCCUCUCCCGCUUUUGUUCAUCAUUCUGCUCCAGCUGUAGUUGCUGUUCAACACCAACCGGCUCAGCAGGUAGUUCACACCAGGACUGUCCAAGUGCCAGUGCCAGUGUCCCAUCCAGUUCCUGUGGUGAAACAAGUGGCUGUUCCUUACGCUGUUGAUCGUCCAGUGCCAGUGGCUGUAGAGAAGCAAGUACCCGUCCCAGUAGACAGACCAGUACCUUACCCAGUAGAACGUACUGUUCCUGUAACUGUUGAGAAACAAGUGAACGUACCUGUCCCAGUUGACCGUCCCUACCCAGUUCAUAUUGAAAAGCAAGUCCCUGUCCCAGUAGACCGUCCAGUGCCAGUACACGUACCAGUAGCUCAACCCUACCCAGUCCAUGUCGAAAAGAAGGUCCCUUACCCAAUUGAGAAGCCUGUGGUAGUCACCGUGGAACGUCAAGUGCCAGUAGCAGUACCAUACAAAGUAGAAGUACCAGUUGACAAGCCAUACCCCGUCCACAUCGAAAAGAAGGUGCCAUACCCAGUGUACGUCAACAAACCCUACGCUGUCCCAGUUGAAAAACAAGUUGCCGUACCAUACAAAGUCCCAGUACCGGUCCAUGUAGACCGUCCCUUCCCCGUAACGGUCGAAAGGAAAGUCCCAGUAGUCGUAGAAAAGCCAGUACCAUACGCCGUAGAGAAGAAGGUGCCAUACGCAGUACACGUAGACCGUCCAGUACCAGUAACUGUGGAAAAACAAGUUCCAGUAGCCGUAGACCGUCCCUACCCAGUCACAGUCGAGAAGCAAGUCCAAGUACCAUACCCCGUUGAGAAGGUUGUCACUGUAGAGCGUCAAGUACCAGUCCCAGUCGUUGCUCAACCAGCUGUUGUGUCAGCUUACAGCGCUCCAGCCUACGGAGUCUCCUCUUAUGGUCUCACCGGAUACUCCGGACUUAACUCUGGAUUAGUCUCAUCCGGACUCAGCUCCGGUUCUGGACUCUCUUCCUCCGGAUUCAACUCCGGCUCUGCACUCGUAUCAUCUGGACUCAACUCCGCUUCUGGACUCUCUUCUUCCGGAUUCGGUUCCGGUUCUGGACUCUCUUCUUCCGGAUUCAGUUCCGGUUCUGGACUAGCAUCAUCAGUUGACAGUAGCCUGGCGAGUCUUCAAGCCCAAGUAGGCCAACACGGCAUCAGUUCGGUGAACGUCGACCACGACUUCGCCGGUCAGGUGGCCUCCAUCCAAUCAGGUUCCGGUGCCAACUACGGUAAAUCAUCUUACGGAUUCGGUAGCUCUGGAUCUGCUGGCAGUUACGGUAACUCUGGCUCUGUCGGUAGCUACGGUAAAUCUGGAUUCGGCUCGUCUUUUGGAUCGAGCAGCUUCGGUGGAUCCAGCAGCAGUUUCGGAUCCUCUUCCAGUUUCCAGACUCAGCCCGCCACUUUGGUGAAGUCGUUCGAGUUGAAUGGAAGCGGAAGUUUCGGUUUUGAUUCGAACACCAUCAGGUUGGGCAGGAAGGCGACGGCGGAACAGAAGCAGAAGCAGAAGAAGAAUUAAGUUAGUUUUUAAGUGCCAUAUUACGAUAGUGUACUGCCAUGUAACGAUUUUCCAAGGUUCUUUUGUAAAGAGCAAUGGUGCCUGUUAAUAAAGAGAUUAUUCAGAUGA